UCGCGAACCCUCUCGACGAGAGUUCCCAUGUCAUUUUUUAAUUCGAAAAAACCAAAACAGUGAAGUGAAUGGAAGCUGCUGAACGGUUAUAGUGCAAAAAAUCAAAAUGAAAAUCACUAGUUUGUCUAGUUUGAACACCAAGGUCCCGGAAGACAAUUACUUCUACCAGUAUGUCGCUGCUAUUACUGGGACCUUGACCAUCAUCACCAGCGGCAUGCACUACGGCUGGCCCUCCCCGUCUCUCCCGAUUCUCGAGCGUCUGGAGAACUCCACCUUCAGCAUUAGUCCCGACGAAGGGUCCUGGAUUGCCGUCAUGCCCCUCAUCGUGGCCCUAAUCGGGGCCCUAUUGGCGGCCUCCAUCGUCGACAUCCUGGGUCGCAAGCGCACCAUCAUCGCCACCUGCUUGCCCUUUUUCGCCGCCUGGAUCAUGAUCGCCUUCAGCCACUCCCUUCCCGUCCUCUACGUCGCGCGAUUCAUCGCUGGAGUAGCCGACGGGUUAGCCUUCACCGUCGUCCCCAUGUACAUCGGCGAGAUCGCCGACCCCAAAAUCAGAGGUCUUUUAGGCUCUGGGGUCUCCACGUCCUGGAUUUUCGGUAUUCUCCUAAUCAACGUCGUGGGCUCCUACUUGAGCAUCACCACCACUGCUUUAGUGUCUUCGGUAGUACCCAUCCUAGCACUACUAACGUUCAUCUGGAUGCCCGAGAGUCCCUACCACCACGUCAUGAAAGGGGAGUUCGAGGAAGCGAAGAAGAGCCUGCAGGUUCUUCGUGGACGAGACGACGUCGACAAUGAGCUGAGUCGAGUCAGCAAAGCGGUCAUCGCGCAGACGCAAAACACCGGAAAAUUCCUAGAUUUGUUCACCACGAAGAGCAACCGAAAAGCUGUGUACAUAAUCAUGGUACUCAGAGGCGCUCAACAAUUCAGUGGUGCCACCGCCAUCACCUUCUACACCCAAAGCAUCUUCAAAGAAGCAGGCGAAGAUAUCUCGUCCGAGCUUGCCACUAUUAUCUACUACACGGUCCAGUUUCUUCUCAACAUUCUAUGUAACAGUAUUGUGGAUAAGGCUGGACGGCGACCUUUGCUUAUCCUUUCGUUGUUGGGUUCGGCUUUAGCGCUUUUCGUCGAAGGUACCUAUUUCUUCAUCAAGACCCAAACUACCAUCGACGUUGCUCCCUUCUCCUUCCUUUCUGUCAUCUCCUUGAUUGGUUUUGUCGUGUUCUUCAGUUCCGGGAUGCAAUCGAUUCCUAUUUUGAUGCUAGGGGAGUUGUUUCCGGCCAAUGUUAAAGCUUUCGCUUUGUGUCUAGCUGAUAUAUAUUUUUGUGUUAUAGCAACUGUAGUGUCGAAAUUUUUCCAAAUUGUCAAAGAUUCGUUUGGGAUUUACGUGCCGUUUUACGCUUUCACGGGGAGUUGUUUGUUGGGGCUAGUUUUUAUUGUUUUGUUUGUUCCUGAGACGAAAGGGAAGAGUUUGGAGGAGAUUCAGGUGUUCCUGGGGGGGAAAGUCGGGAAGGAUGGGAAAGAUGAAAGGAGUGAGAGAGUAGAUGUGUGAUAAAAUAUAAGACUGAUGUAUUUUUAGUUAGAAUUAUUAUUGUGUGCUGUCUUUGUGUUUUAUACUUCAGAUUGUAGAUUAAGGGGGCUCUUUCUGUGAAAGAGUCCGAGAAUUUUUGAAAGUAUUAAAGUUUGAUACCACGUA